AACGAAUCUGGAGAAUAAACAAUAAUACUGCAACGUGCAAUUUUCGCUGAUGCACUUUGUGCAUCGUGACCGAUUUUGCGGAUUGAACAGUUUCUUGAAGCAACAAGCAUCGAGGAAAGAUUGUCUCGGUCAAUAUAAUCUCACAAUCGAGAGCAAUCAUGUUCGCGUUUCAAAAACUGUCGAGUAACACUCUGGGAUGUCGCCAUAUACCGGCGACGAUCGGCGGCCUGUCGCGAUUUCGAAGAUCGACGGCCUGGUCGAACGUAACGUACUACGAUCAUCAAAAUCACAGCCUCGAAACGAUUUUCGAGAUAGAAGAGGAAUCGGACAGCUUCUGCAACUCGCUCUACUUCCUUCUAGAUUUUUGCCAUAUUUACUACAUACCGUCUAUCAUCUUGUUGGGCUUGGUGGGCAACCUGUUGUCGUGCGUGGUUUUCCUCAAGACGCAUCUGAAGCUACGUAGCUCCAGUUACUAUUUGGCGGCGUUGGCCACCACCGAUUUUAGUUUCCUCAUGUCCCUGCUUCUCGUGUGGCUUAACAGUACAAUCGGAUGGAAAGUCUUUAACAAUAACGGCUGGUGCGAAACUCUGGUGUACGUCAGCGCAGUUUGCAGUUCGCUCAGCGUUUGGCUAAUUGUCGCCUUCACCGUGGAGAGAUUCAUCGCCGUACAGUAUCCGCUGCACCGACCGCACAUGUGCACCGUGGCGCGUGCAAAGACGAUCAUCCUAGUGCUAACAAUUCUCGCCUUGGUUAGCCAUUCGUACGCCUUCGUCACCGCCGGGGUAGUGAAGAACCAGGGCGGCGACGAGGUGUGCGAACUAAAGAUCGAGUACCUGGAGACCAUGCAGAUUAUUAGCAUUAUCGAUAGUAUAGCGAGUCUGAUCGUGCCGCUCGUACUCAUCAUCGUGAUGAACACCAUGAUUAUGAGGAAUCUCCUAAAGUUUAACAGGCGAUUCAAUCAGGAGCCCGGUUACACUGCAAAUUGUCCCAACAGGGAGAAAUCUGAUAUCAAUCUCAAUCAAAUCCCGAGUGCCAAUAGCAGCAAUAACGGCGGCGGUGGAAAUAUAAACCUGGUUUCGCUCGUGGGCACGAAUGGAACGCGAAGACCACCCUCCCAGCAAUCAUCGUUUCACUCGUCCAAGAACCAUUCCCGGCAUCAACCUACAUCUGCUCCGCCGUCGACACCGCGGAACGUCUGUCAGAUAACCGAAAUAGAAGCUCCGUGUAUACACGUUAGGUCAUCUUGUCGGAAUCUCGGAUCGACCAGAUUCAAUCAGGAGAGCAUCACUAAAAUGCUCGUGCUUAUUAGCACAGUCUUUAUAUUGCUUAAUCUACCAAGCUACGUGAUUCGUCUAUGUGUGUUCUUCUUCGCCUUGGCAAAGAAGAAUACACCGGAGACACUCUGGUGUCUUCAGCAGUUCUUCAUGCUGCUCUAUUAUACAAACUUCAGCAUCAAUUUCCUCCUAUACGCAAUGUGCGGAAUCACGUUCCGUCGAUGUUUGGAGCAGAUACUGCGCAGGAUCCUAAAGAGUAUGACUCGGUAUCACUGCAGUCCACAAAGGACAGAGAUCGAUUGACUAGAAGCUCGUCUGGGGAAAUCACUGGGAAAAAAAUUUUCGGUAUUUCACCCGUAACGUAUAGAAGAGGAUAUUCUUUUGGGACCAUGCAAUUCCACUUAAAAUGCUGGAUAAACCAGUUUUCCGUGAGUUUUCUUUUACGGAUUUGUGCCUAAUGCAAUAUUAACGAACAGAGUACUAUUAAGCCAGAAAUCUGCUUUGCACAUAACAUAUAUUUAUUACAUGUAAAAUAUAAAACUAUUUGCUUUACGUAUAAUAAAAUCUAUUUGUUUAUAUCAAAUAAUCUGUACUUGUUAUCAAUAUACGACUGUUAAUAAUAAUCCGUUCUUAAGUAUUUUUAUAAACUUCCUAAAAAAUUUAUAUGACAAUCGUUUAUAUAAGGUAGUUUCGUUACUUUUUAUCACGUGUGUGAAGAGAAAUAUUAAAAUAUUUUAAUACUUUUGAUUUCUCAGUUUUUCUUCACACAUACACACACACAUUUAUAGAAAAGCAAAGGGAGCAUAUCAAAGAAAGAUACAUGUUUAAUGAUUCUUGAAUAGACGGAUACUGAUAAAAAGUAUUAUAAUCGCUUAUUUAAAUUAAUACAUAUACAAAAUUUCAUUUUCUUAAUAACACAUUUUUUAUUGCUAUACAGUCGAGUGAAAGCCUUGUCAUGGAAACUUGCUAUUAUAAUACUUUUCAAUGGUUGCGCCGAUACACGUGUCUGGCAAAUACUUUAUGCGUUCUUUUUACGCACAUAAAGGCGUACACGUGUCGUUUCUUGAAAAAUGUAACAGAAUGGUAUGGAUAAUAUGCAGAUUUCUUUCACAUUAUUUAUAAACUAAAGUCACAAAUAUAUGUAGUUAUGAAAUACUAUACAAAUUAAUUAAUUCGAUUGUUCAACUCCGUUAAAAAUCUGUUUUAUACAUCAAAUA